AUUUAGGGCUGGUCUCAUAAAAGCUCCCUCUGGUUUUAUACCAAAGCUUUUCUCUCUCCUUUCCUAAAUGGCAUCUGUUUGCGUAACCUCCUCCUAAGGAGAUUUAGAAGAUUUACCAUCUAGCCUCUAUUGUUGCCUUGUCUAUGAAAUGUAACUAAAAUUAAGUAGCAGGAAAUACAAUACGAUGGAAGUCAAUUUAGAGUUUUCAAACAGGACAGAAGAUUAAGCUGAAGCCUAACAUAAGGACAAACCUGAGCCGUUGUUUCUUCACCAUGCAAUUUGCUUGUAUUUUAGAAACUCUCAUUUCUUCCCAACUUUCCAGACUCAUUUUAAAUUCCUGCAGUUAACGCUACUCCAGUUUUUCCUUAAGGAAGAGAAGGCUUCUAAGGAUUAAAUCCUCACGUGGACUGUCCCCCUGCGGGGGACUCAGUAGGAGCUCUCCUACAUCAUACACACACUUUGCCCAGAUUACUUGGAGAAGUCAGAGUCUAGCAGUCAUUUACGAAAAGAGGUAACAAAGAACAUCAGUAUAUUGGUUUUCCCUUUCAUUCAUUCCUAGCACAGCUUGGCUUGGGACAGACCACCCACGAGGCACUACUCAAGAGACAACUGCUACGGAGAACUAUGGUUCAAGAGCUUUCUGAGGCAUAAUGCCUACCUUUCAUAUUUUCUUGCAUUGGUGCAAUUUAUACCUGUCUCCAAGCACAAGGUCAUAAUAUGAUCCUGUAUGCUUGUGCUAUGUAGGCUGCUUCUAUGUAGUUUUGUGAAGUCUGAUGCUAUGUAAAUAACAGCGUACUCAUCCAGGACAUGAGCUGUGCCAAAUAAUCUGCUAAUUAGUACAAAAUGAGAAUCUUCAAGGUUGCACAUUAUCUUGAGAAUUGUUUCCAGUUCUCUUCUAAUGUAGGUUUGUGUUUGUGUAGUACUUGGAAAUCCUGUACAUGAGGAGCCCAGAAUGCUGUAAAACAUUUUGACAGAUUGUUUUAAAAAUCAAAACAUUUUACCUGAAGGGCAUACUUUGCUUGGGUGGAAAAUAACAGCUCAUUUUCUUAUGCAAAACAACUCUGUGGCAUACUGAAGACACAUGGAGUUAUUCAUAUGGAAAAAAAAAAGUUUUGUGAGUUGACCAUGCUGUGCAGUGCUAUUGGAAGGUAGGCAUUUACAUAGUGCUGUGAUUAAAAUGUAUUUGCAUCCCAUAUGACAGGCGUUUCCAUGUUACUAGGAUGCCAGCAGUGCUCAGAUCAUCUUGGCUUCUCCCAACAUAAGAAAUGCAGUCAAGUCUCUAUCUGCUUGAAUUGCAUGGACCAGCAGAACAUUAACUUUUUUUUCUGCUGACGUUACACUGUGCAAGACAACACUAUCCAAGCAAACCUGGGUAUAGAAUGGAUUUAACAGGGGCCAAGUGCUGAAGGGCAAUAACAUAUUGACCCUGAUCCAGGGGAAACACCAGCACACCAAAACAGCUAUUGGAGAGUGUGACCUUUUCUCACAUUGCACUCAGACAAACUGAAGUCUUUUAUUCUUCUCCUGCAAGACAAUUCAAUUCUCCCAAUCAUCCAAGUAACCCACCUCUCUGUAUCUGUUCCCAUCUGCUUUCAACUUUCUGGAGCACUGUUGACCGGAUUCACUACUUUUGUCCCAUGUGAAGUUCAUCAGAUAGUUUGGCCUGAAACUUCUUUUACAGAUCCACAAAAGCUUGAAGAUCAGUCAGAAAAAGAAAUUCUGCCCUACCUGUGACAGUCAGACAGUGGAACAAAAAAUGCCAGUGAAAUGUUGUUUCCACAGGUCAGACGCUGGGGAAACAAUGGCCUGGUCUGAGUCUGUGGAUACACUACUAGCUAAUAAAGAUGGUUUGGCAGCUUUUAGGACAUUUUUGAAGUCAGAGUUCAGUGACGAGAAUGUGGAGUUCUGGCUGGCGUGCGAGGAUUUCAAGAAAACCAAAUCCUCCACUAAGAUCACCUCAAAAGCCCAAAAGAUUUAUUCUGACUUUAUACAAGCCAACGCUCCAAAGGAGAUUAAUAUUGACUUUCAUACCAAAACCCACAUCUCUCAGAAUAUCUCCGAGCCCACCCUCAGCUGCUUUGAUGAUGCUCAGAGGUCAAUCUAUAGUCUCAUGGCAAAGGACUCUUUUCCCAGGUUUCUAAGGUCAGAAAUGUACAAGGAACUAGUAAAGAAGCAACAGCAUGGAAAUCAGAAGAGAUGGCUCCCAUUUUUGUGAGAAAAUACCUGAGGGAUUAUGAAUUUGUAAAUGUCUCCCAUUGCAACUCAGUACAAAUAAUAUUUUAUUAAAGUGAUUGUACAAACCAGAUCUAAGAAUUGCCUUUGCCAGCUUGUUUUUAAGUACAGUAUGCACACGAUACUUUCUAAUAGCAGUAGAGAAAUAUUCGAGAAACAGGAUGGAAUAUGCCAAGACAAUUGAGCUACCUUUUCAGUAAAGAUGUUUGGCAUUGAUAAUUUUUCCAAUGCUUGCUUUAUUUGUCACAGUGUUUUCACAUUUUUAAGCAGAAUGUUUUGGUUUUCUGGUUUGCCAUUGAUUUUUCUUUAGAAGUAUGGCCUUAAAAAUAAAUUCCUUUCAGGGGACUUGAAUACAGUUACUCAUUCAUUCAUCAUCUUAUUUAUAAUUUGUAAAAAAAUUUUAAAUCCUCUUUUAAACAUGUUUUAUACCAAUUCAAAACAGAAGAAGUAGAAAUAUGGUAGAUAACACACUAUGAUAAUAUUUAAUAAAUAGGUACCUGCUUUAUAACAAAUGUUCCUGGCAUUCAGAGCAAAUAAAUAUUUCAUAGUACA